CGGUGCGGCAGGCGCGGCGGCCCCGGCGGGAUGUCCCGCAAACAGGCGGGCAAGGCCCGGCCCGCCGCCGCCGCCGCCAAGAAGGGCCGGCGGCCCCGACAUUCCCCCGCCGGACCGGCCCCGGGCCCCGCUCCGGGCGGCAGCGGCGGCCUCGCCAGGCAGCUCCGGGCCCUCGGCCUCAAGCUGCGGGAGGUGCCGGGAGAUGGGAACUGCUUGUUCCGGGCCCUGGGGGACCAGCUGGAGGGGCACUCCCGGAACCACCUGCGGCACCGCCAGGAGACCGUGCAGUUCAUGGUGAGGCAGCGGGGGGACUUCGAGCCCUUCGUGGAGGAUGAUGUGCCCUUUGACAAACAUGUUGCCAAUUUGGCCAAGCCUGGUACUUUUGCUGGCAAUGAUGCUAUUGUGGCCUUUGCAAGGAACAAUCAAAUGAAUGUGGUUAUUCAUCAGCUCAACACUCCACUGUGGCAGAUCCGGGGCACAGACAGGAGCGAUGCCCGCGAGCUGCACAUCGCCUACAGGCACGGCGAGCACUACGACAGCGUCAGGAGGCUCAGCGACGACUCGGAGGCGCCGGCCUGCCUGAGGAUGGAGAUGCUUUGCAAGAAUGAUUCAAGUAAGGCAGAGGAAGUGAAGCCACAGAAGGGCAACUCUGAAGAUGAGACUGAGGUGGAGAUGGAAGAUGCUGUACAAAAAGUGUGCAGUGCAACUGGGUGUUCAGACAUGGAUUUAGUAAGCCACAUUCUUGAGGUGGAGGACCACAACGUGGAAUCUGCAAUAUUUGCCAUCUUGCAGGUGAAGGAGGGGGAAGGAAUAGGUACUGAGGAGCAGCAGGAGCCCCUGGGCAGGGAGCAGAAAUCCUGCAGCAGGACACUGUGGGAAGAGAACGGAACUGGUUCAAGAAUCUUUGGAAAUCAAGGUGAAGUAGAAAACAACAAGGGUCAAGCUGGAUCCAGGGAAGAGAACCGAGCCAGCAGAAACCCAAAGGUGGCCAAGAAGCAAAGGAAGGAGCAGCAGCGGCUGGAGAAGAAGAAGCGGCAGGAGGAGAGGCACCGGCAGAAGGUCCUGGCCACCAAGAGGGACAGUGCAGACACCAGGACAGAGACAGACCCAGCCAGCCACGUCACCCUGGUGAAGGCCAUGGCAGCCCUAAACAUAUGACUCAGUGCUCUGAUGAGAAAAGCAAAUAAAACUGAUGAAGACAAAA